UAGGUUUGCAACGUGGGGAUUUGGUGGAUGAGUUGCCAUGCAGAGCUUGCAGUCGGCCCUGCCAGCAGCCUUUCCAGCGAUGGAGGGGUACCAUCAGGCACAGCAGGGGCGGGUCAACCAACAGCCACCCUUGGUCGAAGAAGAGCUGAUGACGCAAGUGGGAGGCGAAGCACGGAUGGGCACCUCCAAUAGCCUUCGAGCCUUGGAAGACGCCACCCUCGAGGAGCUCGCCAGCGCUUUGACGACGCAGCUGACCAAGGACAAGGAACGCGCCAAGUCGCAGAUGCACCAGCUCAAAGAAGCGGAGAGGCAACUGGAGGAGAAACAGCAGCAACUGGACGAGCUCGAGAAGCGGAUUUUUGCCAUGACGGAUGGCCUGGAUGAUGUCAUUGAGCUCAACGUGGGAGGUCAGCACAUGAGCACCACCCGCGGGGUGCUUUGUUGUGCACAAGGUUCGAUGCUAGCAGGAAUGUUCAGUGGCAACUUUGAUUCCAGCCACAAGCGGGACAAGGAUGGACGGAUCUUCCUUGAUGUUGACCCGCCUCUCUUUGAAAAGGUGCUCCGGCACCUCCGGCUGCGGCGCAUCGCGAGCCCUGAGCAGCCUGCGCCACUGCCUCACGUGCCCGAGGACCUGCGGGCAGAGUGGGACAUGAUGAUCAAAUACUUCGGCCUCGACCUUUACAUGUAUGGGAUGAGUGCGAGUUGCAACAUCUUUCAGAGGAUUGCCGAGAUGGUCGAGGUGGAUCAAGCAAAGCUCCAGGAGAACGAUAUCGUGCGAAUCACUCUGAGCUCGACGGGUGGAGUGCCAUCCUCGAGCCACCAAGAGGUGCUGGGAUCGAUCGGCUUUUCGGAGCGCUCCCUGGAGAACAGCUAUGGGGCCUAUCCGAAUAGCAUCACGAUCAAGUUCCUGAAGCACCGCGUGAAGGUGGAGGCCAUGGAGCUGCGGGCGAAGAUCGCCGACGUCCUGGCCCACAUGUCCAACAAAUGGACCUUCAAACACGGGACGGAGUCGAUCAACAUGUCGUACUCCUUCUCGCGCUCCGAGCCCAGUACCGGCCGUCUGGACACACCGGGCCUUGGCCAAGCCUUUGUCGAUGAGGUGGUGUGGCUCUUUCCGAGGGACUUCUGCCUUGAGCACAUCGUGCUGUGGGGCCAUGUCAUCGACAAGACCUGACUGGUUAGCCGUGAGUGGGCCUACCAAACGGCUCGACUCAUCAUCAGUGGGGUUCCCUGAGUGUGAAAGUUGUGUGUUUUCUCCACACCUGAUUCUUUUUGUUGCGUGUUUAGUUUUAACAUGAGCUCAAAGUCCAGAAACAUGGCUUCAACCGCUGUGCCUUGCGCCGCCAAUCAAAGUGGCACGGACCUUGUCUCCGAGCCUAAUUUCCAGCGGUUCUCAUUCCUUUAACUUGAGGCCUGGGCUUUAUGGAGAAGAGUCAUGAAUUUAUCUCAUGGGUAUCUCACGAGGGUGUCUCACACGUUUUUUUGUUAAAGCUUUAUUUCCCUCACCUUUUUGUUUCGUUUUCUUUGGGAGAGGGGGAUAGCUCUUUGGAGUUCGCAGGCGAAGAUGCCACGCCAGGCGUGUUUAAAGCAGUUGGUCGAAAUGAAGAAAGCCAGACGCCGGUGCAAGAUGAAGACCAGCAUAUGAUUCAGAGUGGUUCCUGGGCAAGUGUAUGUUUGAAAAGGAAGGUGCCUCACAGGGCCUCAACUCGGUGAAUUUCAGAUGGAUUUUUAGUCUGUUUUCCCUUUUGUCAGUCUGGCCCAACGCACUUGCUUUCAGGCCUGCAUCCAGUCUAGACUCCGUUAACUCUCGAUGCAGCAGAAGGCCAGAAAAUAGAUCUCAUUGACUCAUUGACUCAAGACUUGAAGGUUGUUGCUCAUGGUGCAUUUGAAGUCAUCACAACCGUUGCAUUGUACUCUGCUGUACUGACCCGUGGCGCUAGAACAGCCGAUGCUCUGGGAGCCCGCUGAGCAACCGGAAACUGGCGGC